GAUCUGUUUGCAGGUUACUGCUGCAGCGUGUACGCGCUCGUCUGACAAGUAGCUCAACCGCGCACAAGGCGAAAGCGCAUCGUCGGAAACGUGACUGGACGCAAUAUCGUCCGAUAGCUGCAUUAUUACACUUGCUGGUAUUCUUCGGCUUCAAGAAUUUGGAUCCACCUGUAGUAACAAAAGGGCCCAAUUCAAGCAUAAAGUGAGCGGAGGUGAAUAAAUAUCAAAAACGUGACAUAAAAGUGCAUAAAAGUUAAGCGGGAAAAAAUCCACAGUUCAACAAGAGCAUAAGAAAGAAAAAAAAGGUGCAGUGAAGUGAAGGCAAAGAAGUAGAAAUAGCUGCAUACGUUGAAAGAGCAGAUGAAAUGCAGCGUGAUUAAUUGAAAAAUGAUAAAGUUCUCCGUCAAGUGAGUCUACCGGAGAGCUUGUGGAAGAAAUCGCGGAUGAACGACACGAGCAAAGUUUUGAUCUGAAGUAUCUUGACAGUUCAUCUGAUAGUCGGGGUGGGAGUUAAAGUGCAGCAGACGACGAGCCCAAAAGGACAACGAUAGAGAGAAAAAAUAGUUAUCCACCAUGCUAACGACCGAAGCUCCUCCCUUAAGUCACAAUCAUCAUCUGCUGCCGGACCGACUGAGUGCUCCCGUAUUAGCACGCCGGAAAUUUAGUUUUCCGGCCAACCUUCACUCGACGGUCCUUCUCGGAGACCCUCCAGGAUCAAUAAAUUCUGGAUCGUUGCAACCAUUCAGUUCAGCAUCGUCAGCACGGAGACGACUGAGUAAUGUUAGCGAUGUAGUCACUAGGAAACUAUCAAGCACAAUAGGAUGGAAACAACCUGUGCUUCCAUCACAGGAUAUUAUAACCCAAGGAAAAUGCCUCUGCGGCCAGUACAUCCGAUGUAGAUUGAAAAAGUCCGGUGUGUUCAAUAGAAAACUUGGCCUACAAAGAAUUAGAAGCAUCGUUGGGACACCAACCAUCCAUGUCGUGCGCGAAGUUUUCCCAGCAUUGCUAAGUGUCGGCGAAGAGCUCGAACGAAUGUAUCCCCGGGUUUACAACGGAGUAGCUCGACAACUGAGUCGAUUCGGACGAGGUGAACUUAAGACGCCGGAAACAGCUCCCGUACUGUUAAGUGCAAUAGCUAGGGAUUUGUUCAAAAGCGAUAUUACAUGGGGCAAAGUGGUUUCGUUGUUUGCCAUCGCUGGUGGGCUUUCAGUAGACUGCGUCCGUCAAGGGCACCCAGACUACCUACCAAAACUGAUCGAAGGAGUGGCUGAUGUUAUUGAAGAUGAACUGGUUACUUGGAUUUCCGAAAACGGAGGUUGGGUUGGGCUUGCCAACAAAGUUCGACCCCCACCGGAAGAGAUAACUUUUGCAGGACGUUGUUUUGUUGGAGCUGGUUUGUUAGUUUGUCUAUUUAUAGUAGUGUUUUUAUUUAAGACGUUAGGAUUGUACUUGUUUCCAAAUAUAUUUACAUAACAAAAGAUGAA